AUGGCCAGUGCGCGAGCGAGUCCCUAUGCUCAAGCAGCCCCCGACACUCAUGCAAUCCCCGACGCUCGUCUUGCAACCCCCGAAGCUCGUCUUGCAACCGCCGAAGCUCGUCGUGCAAACGCCAAAGCUCGUCGUGCAACCGCCGAAGCUCGUCGUGCAACCGCCGAGCCUCUUUUGACUCCCUACCAGUUGCGUCAAGUGCAACACACGGCCGCAAACGUACUAGUGGAUGCAUACGCCGCUGGAAUGCUCCCCUCGAUGAACGACGAACUCCUUCGCAGGCGAGUCGAGUAUUACCUCGACUGGCCGGCAAACCAUCUCGACACUUGUCAAGGGCGCAUGGCCAUAUCUCAGCUCCGAUGGUUGGUUCUGCAUCAUCUACACGCGGCUUUGGAAUCGACUAGCAUCCGCUACACUAUUCUGGGUCUUGCACUUGAACACAUCCGCCAAUUCCUUCGAGCUGAGGACUUCUGGUGA